AUGCACCAGGCUCAUUCUCCUUCCAAGAAACACUACCAUCAUUUCAUUAUAAUCUUCUGGGUAAGCUUUUAAACUUGAGAUUGAUAGAUUUAAGCAUCCCAUGCGCAGGAAGAGAAUUCGCCAUGGCAGCUGAGCUUCUCAGCGGAGCUGUAGUGGGAGCAGUAUUUGGCGAGUUGUUGAACGUAGUUUUGAGAGUCAAAGACAAUGCCCUUAUGUUCAGCUCCGAGUUGGAGAGCAUGGAAUCCACACUUAAAUCCAUAAUUCCAGUCCUUAAAGAAAUCGAAGAGCUCAACAAAUUAUUGGAUCGUCGAAAGGAGGAAACGGAUCAAAUAAUGGAACAAAUCAAGAAAGGUGAAAAGCUCGUCAUUAAAUGCUCAAGAGUGCAAUGUUAUGCAUGGUGGAAAAUGGCUAGAUACGCAGACAAGCUUGUCAACUUAGAGAAGUCACUCAACUCGUUCUUCCAGAUUGUGAUGCAAGCUCAACAAGCAAGAGAUGGUAAAGAAACCUUGUUAGAGGUUAAAAAUCUGCGUAUGGAUUUGAAGCAAUUGGCUUUGAAUGGAAAGAGUAGAAGGGUUCAUAAUGUGAAUGGAUAUAAUGCUCCGUUGGUGCUGCCGGAGCCUCCGGUGAAUCCUGUAGGGUUAGAGGUGUCAUUAGGGGAAUUGAAGAUGGAGCUGUUCAAUGAUAAAACUUCUGUGGUUGUGUUGUCUGCUCCUCCAGGUUGUGGAAAGACUACUUUGGCUAAACUACUUUGCCAUGAUAAAGAAGUUAAAGAGAAAUUUAAGGAUAAUAUCUUCUUUGUAAUUGUGUCAAGAAAAACAACAAUGGAGAGCAUUGUACAGAGACUGUUCCAGCACAAGGGAUAUGAGGUGCCUCAUUUUCAAACCAAUGAACAAUUAGUCUACAACUUGGAACAAUUUUUGAAGAGCCUAGGACCAAGUCCUAUAUUGAUAGUCCUGGAUGAUAUUUGGCCUGAAUCCGAGUCCCUUCUUGAUAAAUUGAAGUUCCAAAUCCCAGAUUACAAGAUUUUAGCCACAUCAAGAUCUGCAUUGCGAAGAUUUGGUUCGACAUAUAAGCUGAAACCACUGAAUGAUAAAGAUGCCAUGACUAUUUUCCGAAGCUCGGCUUUCCUUCAGGAUAAGAAUAUCUCUGAUAUUGAUGAAGAUCUUGUGAAUAAGAUGGUGAAAGGGUGCAAAGGUUUUCCACUAGCCCUUAAAGUGGUUGGUAGAUCUCUCUGUGGAGAGCCUGAGGAAAUCUGGAAAAGAAGAGAAAUGGAAUUUUCAAAAGGCCGCACUAUUUUUGAAGAUGAUGAACUCCUUAAUUGUCUUCUAAGUAGCUUAAAUGCCUUGGAUAACAAAAUUAUUAAGGAAUGUUUUAUGGACCUGUGUGCAUUUCCUGAAGACCAAAGAAUCCCAGUCACUGCCCUCAUUGAUAUGUGGGCAGAAUUGUACGAACUAGAUGAAAAUGGCGUAUUUGCCAUUGCCAACCUCCAUGAACUUUCCAACAGGAAUUUAAUUGAUCUUUCUGUUGCAAGGAAAGAUGCAAGUGGCUACUAUAAUCAGCAUUUUGUGAUGCAGCAUGAUCUUCUUAGAGAGCUAGCCAUUCAUCAGAGUAGCUUGGAAUCCUUUGAGAAAACAAAAAGACUAAUCCUAGAGGUAACUGGUAACCAUGUUCCCAACUGGUGGAUGGAUCAAAUGCAGCCUAGCGUAUGCAGCCGCCUCUUGUCUAUCUCCACAGAUGAAAAAUUCUCAUCAAAUUGGUGCAACCUACAAGCAGCUGAAGUUGAGGUUUUAGUUCUAAACUCCCGGACAAAGACCUACAACUUACCUGAGUUCAUGAACGAAAUGAAAAAGUUAAAGGUUUUGAUAGUCACAAAAUAUGGGUUCUUUCCUACUGAAAUAACAAAUUUCCCAUUUCUUGGUGCUAUAUCCAACUUGAAGAGAAUCAGAUUAAAGCAGGUUUCAAUUCCUUCCUUUGGCUUCACGUCAGCACAUUUCAAGAAUCUACAAAAGAUAACCUUGGUUCUAUGCAACAUUGGCCAAGCUUUUAACAGUACAUCUACCAUCCAAGUCUCAGAUGCACUGCCAAGCUUGGUGGAAAUAAACAUCGACUAUUGCAACGAUCUGGUUGAGUUGCCUGCUGAACUGUGUCAACUUGCCCAGCUACAGAAACUGAGCAUCACCAAUUGUCAUAAGUUGGCUGCAUUGCCACAAGAAAUUGGCAAGCUUGUUAAUUUAGAGAUUGUGAGGCUUAGUUGCUGCAUUGAACUGGCAGAGUUACCGAGCACAAUUGGAAGCCUUAACAAGUUAAAAUUUCUUGACAUAUCUGAGUGUUCAGAAAUCAGAAAAUUGCCAGAACAGAUUAGUGAUCUGCAUGAUCUAAGAAAGCUUCAUAUGAUGGGAUGCUCUAACGAAAUUGAGUUGCCUCCUUCAAUAUUGAAAUUAGAGCAUCUCAAAGAAGUGAUAUGUGAUGAAGAAAUAGCCAACUUGUGGGAGCCUUUUGUUGAUCAUCUCAAGAAUUUGGAGAUUAAGGUGGAUAAAGAAGAAAUCAACUUAAACUGGCUUCAUAAUUGUGGUUUUUGAUAAACUCUUCUCUUAAAUAUUGUUCAGCAGCCUUUUAUUGUGAUGCCAAAUUGUGGCCAAAGUAGUAAAAGGAGAUGCAGGUCUUAUUUUU